GAAUCCAGGUGUGGCCCGCGAGCCGCGCCCCCGCCUCCCGCCCCCGACCGCGUCCUCGCGGGAGCCGCCUCUUCCUUUAGUCCCGGUAUCUGCGCGCUCGCGGGGCCACUCUCCGCCGUCGCUCCUGCCCUGCGCUCCUCCGCUCCGCGCCGCCACCCGACGACAUGCUGCGCUGCGGCCUGGCCUGCGAGCGCUGCAGGUGGAUCCUGCCUUUGCUGCUGCUCAGUGCCAUCGCCUUCGACAUCGUCGCGCUGUCGGGCCGCGGCUGGCUGCAGUCGAGCACCCACAUCCAGACUUCUUCGCUCUGGUGGAGGUGCUUCGACGAGGGCGGCGGUAGCGGCUCCUACGACGAUGGCUGCGAGAGCCUCAUGCACUAUGCAUGGGGCCGAGCGGCUGCUGCCACGCUUUUCUGUGGCUUCAUCAUCCUAGUCAUCUGCUUCAUCCUCUCCUUCUUCGCCCUGUGUGGACCCCAGAUGCUUAUUUUCCUGAGAGUUAUUGGAGGCCUCCUCGCCCUGGCUGCUGUAUUCCAGAUAAUCUCCCUAGUCAUCUAUCCCGUGAAAUACACACAAACCUUCAUGCUUCAUGAGAAUCCUGCUGUCAAUUACAUCUACAACUGGGCCUAUGGCUUUGGAUGGGCAGCCACAAUCAUCUUGAUCGGCUGUUCCUUCUUCUUCUGUUGCCUCCCCAACUAUGAGGAUGACCUUCUGGGCCGGGCCAAGCCCAGGUACUUCUACCCACCUGCGUAAUGUUGGAGGGAGAGCCAGAGAAAAGUCCUGCUGCAAGAUGGGUCCAAAGGAAGAAACUGUUCUUCAAGCUACAAGGAACCUAUGUUUGGGCAGUGUUCAUAUGAUCAGAAAUGCUGGAAUAAAUGCUAAGGAAAAUGCUUCAUAAAUAGUGUUAAGUUUUAUGUCCUGUGUUUGUCUUAUGGCGUUAAAAAGACAUGUUUCUGUUUGCUAAGUAUACGCUGAUUUUCUCCUUAUAGCAAAUAUAUAUCACUUAAACUGCAUUUGUUAAAAAGCAUGCCUGUGAAACUUAAUAAAGUAGAAAUGAAGUGGCUACUGAGAUUUAAUAAUUUGACCAAGCUUCUAUUUUUCUGGAUAGAAUAGAUUGUUUCUACUAAGGGCUAAAGAGAAGAGGUGCUACUUGUAAAAUUUCAGUGAACAACUAUUCUGAAAUUAAUGUAA